AUGUCCACCGCCUCUCUGCCCUCCUACGUCGCACCCUCGGUCAACCGUAUCCCCUCGUAUUCAGCGGAACCACACAACCACGAGCAGCGGAUCGCUCUCGCAGAUAGACUCCGGCCCCGACCUUCAGGCACUUUCAUUAAAGAGUCGAAAGGAGGCGGAGUGCGCCUCCGUCUCAACGCGCAAGAAGAUAAUGCACCACUACCAAUAUACGGCGCCGGAAGUCAGGUAGAAGGUUAUGUCGACCUCUCAAAACUAGAAGGUAUAACAAGUGUGGAGGUCAAGAUCGAAGGCCGUCUGCUCCUGAAAGAAAUCGCGGAGGGCGGUACUUCAACGGCCAGACUAUGUCUUAACACCGUGUUGCUAUGGUGUAAGGACCCUGUUAAUACAGUGUGUCCUUCAUCGCUACAUUUCUCCCUCGGUUUCCCUAGUACCUUCAGUUACGAAGACAAGACGUUUCCCCUACCUCCGACGUUCGAUGUCAAGCUGUCGGGACUACCUGGAUUUGUUGCAACUAUCGACUAUUCUGUUACUGCUGUCGUAGCGAAGCCUAACUCCGCCCAUAUUCCCAACGUUAAAUCCAAAAAACUUGGAAUUCACAUUGGUUCGACCGUUGUAUCGACUCCGUUAAUUUACUACCCUCGUAAUCGGCCCGCGUCGCCUCUGCCUCUUCCUUUACAGCAUCUGCAUUCCGGAUUCCAGGUAACACCCGAUUGGAAGGCUGUCGAGACUGUUCUUCGUUCAAAGUCGGCUGUGCGCCCUGAUAUCACGGCAAGGCUCUAUGUCCCUGCUUCUCGGACAUUCUGCAUGUCACAACCCGUCCCAUUCCAUCUUACACUACAUUCAUCUGCCGUCUCUCUCGCUGCGUAUCUACCGAUGAGCCCAACCGCUAAAACCUUGUCACCGCGAAAAGUGACUCGAGUGCAGUUAAUGAGGCAAACGACAGUUGAUGUCAGGAAUACCGUUAUAGCUGGAGUGAAGACGGACAUGUGGAGGGUGGACUGUAUUGGAGAAGGGACCUUUAAGCAUGCGGGAGAUGGACCUACUUGGAUCGCAUAUACCGGAGAAAUCGUUAUCGACGAGACCGUGAAGGUACCGGGGUUCAAGGCAGCAGGUCUAUCCGUCAAGGACUGUAUACUAUUCACAGUUAAUCCUCUAGAUCCAUCGAAGAGCCCGUUCGGGGAGGUGCGCGAGGUGAUUCCGGUACGCUUGGCCACGGAGCCGUGGACGCCGAAUGGUGCUGGGAUGGGUGCGCGCCGCGAGUCUAUGUUGGCGGAUGGCUCCCCAACGCCACCAAGUCCGCAUCGACUUUCUGGGGAUCAGUACUGA